AUGGAUAGAUUACUAUCCAGGGGACAGCCUGCUUUGGCCCAGGGUGUGUGCUACGCUGAGUUUGGUGUCCGGGUCCCAAAAACAACAGGCUCGGCCUACACUUACAGCUACGUGACGGUCGGGGAGUUUGUGGCGUUCUUCAUUGGCUGGAAUUUGAUCCUGGAAUACCUGAUUGGCACAGCUGCCGGAGCGUCAGCCCUCAGCAACAUGUUUGACUCUCUAGCCAAUCACAGCAUCAGUAACUACAUGAUAACACACCUGGGCACGCUUCGAGGGCUUGGUAAAGGUGAAGACACGUAUCCUGACCUUCUUGCUCUCUUCAUCGCCCUGCUGGUCACAGUGAUCAUCGCUCUGGGAGUCAAGAACUCUGUGGGCUUCAAUAACAUCUUGAAUGUGGUAAACAUGGUGGUUUGGGUUUUCAUGAUCAUCGCUGGACUCUUCUUCAUCACAGUCAGCAACUGGGAGGGUGGCAAGUUCCUGCCAUAUGGCUGGUCGGGGGUGAUGCAAGGCGCAGCAACUUGUUUCUAUGCUUUCAUUGGUUUUGACAUCAUAGCGACGACAGGAGAGGAGGCAAAAGACCCCAACACUUCGAUCCCUUAUGCCAUCACCGUCUCACUGGUCGCCUGCCUCACUGCCUAUGUGUCGGUCAGCAUCAUUCUGACUCUCAUGGUUCCCUACAACCUGAUUGAUGGCUCCGCCCCCCUAAUGGAGAUGUUUGCCGUGCACGGCUUUAUAUGGGGGAAGUAUGUGGUGGCUCUUGGCUCCAUUGCCGGACUCACAGUGUCUCUUCUGGGCUCUUUGUUUCCGAUGCCAAGAGUGAUCUACGCCAUGGCGAGGGAUGGUCUCCUGUUCAGGUUUCUAUCACACGUGUGGGCACUCACACACACUCCUGUUGUUGCGUGUGUGGUAUCUGGAACCUUGGCUGCCAUCCUUGCCCUCCUGGUGAGCCUCAGGGACCUGAUCGAAAUGAUGUCCAUCGGCACUCUGUUGGCAUACACUCUGGUGAGCGUAUGUGUGCUGUUGCUGCGCUACCAGCCUGACGAGCAAACCGACACCCACCAGUUUAGGGUGGAAGAGGAUGAAGGUCCAGUACCCACCAAAGAUGAUCUAAUUGAAGGUUCUGAUCAUGAUGAGACAUCAACAUAUCAUGCUGGUGGCACAGAAGGAGAUGCAGACGACGCUGAUUUCCACACUGGACGAGCUUCUCUCCUGAAAAGGCUUCUCGGGGGUCACUAUUAUACCAUACGGGUCCGUUUGGGAAUGCCUGAUUCGUCAGCUCGACCCACCCCAGCCACUGGACGCAUAGUGACCAGAUGCACCCUCCUCUUCUUCAUCACGUCUUUUUUUCUUUGGUCUACUGUCAUCUAUGGAGUUGAGCAGGGGUCAGGGGUGGGAGCUGUGUUUUCAGGUCUGAUGGCCACCCUGAUGGCAGCCUCCUUGGUGAAACUCAUGGUUCUGAUCUUACAGCAACCAGAAAGUACCAGAAGACUGCCGUACAUGGCGCCAUGUGUGCCAUUUGUGCCUGGUGCUGCCAUUUUGGUCAACAGCUACUUAAUGCUGAAACUCUCUCCCCUUACCUGGGCCAGGUUCACCAUCUGGUGCAUCAUAGGUCUGUUGAUCUAUGGGUGUUAUGGAGUGUGGCACAGCACUCUGGAGCUGAACGCCCGGGAGCAGCAGGCCCAUGCCAGCUCCUACCAGCGCUACGAUGACCACUUGGACGACACUUUCUCCCCCGAUGACAGCUUUUGCCCCCAGGAGCAGGACGAGAAACCAUACCAGGGCUGGUCUGCCCCAGAGGAAAGGGGACACCACUACCAGCAGCACAACAAGAUGGAGGAAGAGGAUGUAGAUCCACAGCAGAGCCACUGGGAGGAAGAUGAUGAACGCCACGGGUACCAGUCUGGGGCAGGAGGCCCACAUCCAAGCAACAGCAAGAGCUCCAAAGGACGCACCAAUUUGGGGUUUGAUGACGACGAUGACUGAGCUUUUGUUCUUUUGGAAAUAUAAAAACAAGCUUUUAUAAAGUUGUCUUAAACUUUAAGGACAUUUCUGAAUGAUGGCUGGUGAAUGCAAGCCUUAAUCUCCUCUUUGUGAAAGCAUCAGAUAGACAUAAGGAGGACGUGAUGCUGACAGCAGCUGCAGAAACCUUCAGAUCCUUUCUUGUCUUGGAUAAACCUCUGUAAACUCCUCAAAAGUCCAGUUACAACCAUUCUAACGCUUCUAUUCCUACUUGUAUUGAAGUGUCACUGUAAGCUACAGGCUAACCUUCCGGUUAACGUCAUUGAUCUGGCUUCAUUUUCCUAAAAGGGAUUUUUAACCAGGACUGCGCAGUGGUGGAGUGGUGAGCACUCCCACCUGGUCCUGGGUUCUUUCUGUGUGGAGUUUGUGUGUUCUCCUCGUGCAUGUGUGGUUUUUCUCGGGGCACUCUGGCUUCCUCCCACAGUCCAAAAACCUUCUUCAGAGGUUGAUUAGUGACUCUAGAUUAUCCAUUAGGUCUGUGGGUGUGUGGCCCUGCAACAGACUGGCGACCUGUCCAGGGUAAACCCAACAGUAGCUGGGUUGGCUCCAGUGGCCCCUCGAUCCUGAAAGGGAUCCAGCGGGUUUGGUUGAUGGAUGGAGAUGGAUUUUCAACCAUUAGAGGAGGACCAACCCCCAUUCAGGCGCAGUUUCAUUGCAGCUCCUCUGGAGGACAGUCAACAGGGACAAAAAUCUUCUAUUUGUGUUUAGACAGAUGCACAAACAUCACAUCUCACAAAUGUCAGACCAUUUUAGGAGUGAGUCCCAUCCUCAGAUGUUCUUUUGGCCUUUAAUAUUUCCUCCAAUCAGAACUUUCCUUUACUUCUUUGGGUUUAUGGAAACAGGCCUAGUACUAAUGAGUCCUCAGACAUGACGACUCGUUGGUACUUUUGGUUAAUCCAGUGCAGCUGCAGACUGCCCGGACUCCUGUUUUCAUGGUGUUUGUGGAUGGAUGCGGUCAGUUGAUUCUUUGUGUGAAAGGUGAGCUGAAACCGUUUCUGAGAAGGUAGAACAUAACAGGCUGAACUUCACAGUUCCAACUGUUACCUCACAUGUUCUGUUGUUUUCUAAUGCUUUCUGUGCUGAAUGUUGAUCCAAUAACACUGUUGUUUGAAUUUAAGUUUGGUCCUUUUCAUCUAUCUGAUACUGUCUUUUCUAUACUCGAAGCACAGAUCUCCAAUUUAUCAAAAAUACAUUCUAAAAUUCAAAUCUCCACGUUUGAAGCAGCUUUUUGCUCUAAAAAGAGAGGUUGUUAGCAAUAAAAAUAGACCUCUGAUGAUUUAUUGAAUAGACUCUAAUGAUUAAGGGUUGAAGUCUACCUCUGGCUGCAUCUCUUUUUCACUGAAUAAAGUGACUCAGAUUUGGAACACCC